UUUAUGAAACACUAAUAUAUCUAUAUGAGUCAAAAAUAAAUAAACCAAAUAGUACUCCAUUAUCAUGGCGGCCAAUAUAAUAUAGAGUACAGCCAGCAAUAUCUUGUCUCUUUCAUAAAAUAAAAUCACGACUUGGGCGUUUCUUUUCCAUGUUCAACUUCCUCUGUUCAGUAAGAAAGAUUCUUUUGGCCAACUGGCCUUCUAUUCUGUCCCUUAUAUAAUCCUUUACUCUCCAUCAAACAUUUGCAAAUUAAAGUCCAUUGUAAUUAUUUGAGAUUAUUCAUUAAGUUAAUAGCCAGAAAUGGGUCGUCUAAAUCUUCUUAUGUUAUUAGUUCUUUCAUUUAGCGUUGUGUUGAUGGCUAACUUGGCAUCUGCACAACUGAGAAGCAACUAUUAUGCUAAUACUUGUCCUAAUGUUGAAUCCAUUGUUAGAAACGUUGUUAACCAGAAAUUUCAACAAACGUUUGUCACUAUCCCUGCUGUUCUUCGUCUCUUCUUCCAUGAUUGCUUUGUUGAGGGAUGUGAUGCUUCAGUAAUAGUAUCAUCAACACCAGGGAACACAGCUGAGAAGGAUCAUCCAGAUAAUCUAUCAUUGGCAGGAGAUGGAUUUGAUACUGUCAUUAAAGCUAAAGCGGCCAUUGAUUCAAACUCUCGUUGUAGAAAUAAAGUCUCUUGUGCUGACAUUCUCGCCUUAGCCACCAGAGAUGUCAUCCAGCUGUCUGGGGGACCAUGGUACCCAGUGGAAUUAGGAAGGCUAGAUGGGCUGACAUCAAAAGCUUCGAACGUGGAAGGAAAGCUGCCAAAACCAACAUUCAAUCUCAAUCAACUCAAUGCCAUGUUUGCUUCUCAUGGUUUAACUCAAGCUGACAUGAUCGCCCUUUCUGCUGCCCAUUCUGUUGGGUUUUCUCACUGUAGCAAGUUUUCGAACCGGAUUUACAACUUCAGCCCACAAAGCCCAAUAGAUCCAACACUUAACAAGCAAUAUGCAGCCCAACUACGAGGGAUGUGUCCCAGGAAUGUUGACCCAAGGAUAGCCAUCAACAUGGAUCCCAAAACCCCAAGGACCUUUGACAAUAAUUACUUCAAGAAUUUACAGCAAGGUAUGGGCCUAUUCACAUCAGAUCAAGUGCUUUAUACGGACAGACGUUCCAAGGGAACUGUGGACCUUUGGGCCAGUAACACCAAAUCAUUCAACAGUGCUUUUGUGACUGCAAUGACAAAGUUGGGCCGAGUUGGUGUGAAGACCGGGCGGAAUGGAAACAUUCGGUUCGACUGCGGAAGAAUGAACUAAGGGCAUAUUUUGCGAGGUCACUAUUUAGAUUUUGUCUCCGUUAGCUUAAUAUGGACUGAAUGAUUUUGUCUACUAAGAGAAAAAUUCAUUCAAUUACUUUUAUAGACAAAAUUAGUUCGUUGACUGUUGACGAGGAUAGAAUUAAAUUUUUUAUUUUGUGGGAAGGUUAGGCCUGAAUAACGGGGUUAGACUUUGAACCUUCCAGUGUUAAUAUGCAAAAUAAUAGUCCUGUGAUCACUUCAAUUCUCAAAUUGAUAAGUCGUUUGAAUAAGGGGGAUUAAGUUUCGUUUCAACUUGCGUUUUUGUAUUCGUGGGAUGUGUAACUGUUGAAUAAUAACUAUGUGUGAAAUCCAAUUUUUUAUUUA